GCUACAAUUACAACCUAACCUAUGGUUCAUCUAUGAAAUGGUCAACUAAAGUCAGUAUUUUGUGCCUAUUAAAUUUUGCAUUUCCAUCUUAGUAAUUUGUUGUACAUUUUAAGUCAAUUUAAAAUAACUACCUUAAAGUAAAAGAAAAGUUGUUUUUAAAAAUGUCUUUUCUACAAAGUUUCUUUAAACGUAAUAUCCCAACCGUAAAGGCUGAAGAGGAAGACGGAGAAUUAGUUGAUCCUCAAAAACAGCUUCGGGAAAAAUGUGCAAAAAGAGCUAAAUGUGCUACUAUGCAAGAGAAACUAACUACAUGUAAUGAUCGUGUUAAUUCAACUCCUGAGACAGAAGAAACUUGUCUUGAGGAAUUAAUCGAUUAUGUAGAAUGUGUAGAUCAUUGUGUAGCAGAGAAACUGUUCAGUUUACUUAAGUAAGACCGUGAAUCAAUUGAAAUGUGUAAUCAUUGUUAAAGAAUCUUGUAAAUCGAUACAUUGUAGACAUAUAACAUUAGGAAUAAAUGGUUAUUUAUAAGUAAGUA